AUGUACUGGCCCAAUGGGGUCCCCCGGGUCUACGCGGUCAAUGGCCCGGACAUCGCCCACGUCUCCUCCGAUGGAUAUCCCAAGGAUACAAGCUCGAACACGGAACGGCGAAGCUCUAUAUAUAACAACGAUGAUACUGGGGACGCGCAAUCUUCAAACACCGAGAGCAAUGAACCCAACCCCGAGCCGUCGGCCAACUCGGAGACUCCAAAAUGGGAGCAUGAACCGAUCAAUGGACUCUGCGUCUCUCGCUCAGGGCAUAUGUUUGCGACAAUAACCGAGUCCUCUAUUUCACUAUGGCAAACAAGGCCAACGGCCGUCGUAGCCGCGAUAGUUCGGUCCUUGUACUCGCUGAAGACAUACGGCUCGAAUGUAGCACUGUUAAUGCACCCAGACUCGACAAUUCUGGUUGUACAAACCUCCGGGGGCUAUCUCCUGACUUACUCGGUGGCGUCCGACCCAUCAACACACGUCUACCAGCAACGUUUCGAUCACUCUACACACCCGCGCCGCCAGCAAUUAGCACAUUUUGCUGCCGUCGAAGAGUCAAAUGUGGUUGGUGAUAUAAGCAUUAGGUUCCGAAUGGCAAUCAAGAUCGAGUCGGGGAUUGUCAAGGCGCUGGCCUUGGAUCAGGAGCUUGUCGUUGCUACUGUGAAGCCGCCUGCGAUCCAGUGUAUUCGGUGGGCUCCGGACCCUAGUGGGACGCAGACUACGUCAGAGCUACUGAGCCGCAUUCUGGAUAUACCGAAGAAGGUUGCAGUGGUGGACAUGGUCUAUGACCGUGCUAUGAACCUUCUCAUUUGGCUCACGAGCCACGGUCAGGCAUAUGCUGUGCAACGAGCUCACGAUGUACAAGAAGAUCCGGAUGCACCUAAGAAAUUGUUCCGUGGGCAUUGUUUCCACGACCCCAAGGAGGAUGGCGAAAAGGCUGUGAAGGUGGCUGUCAAUGCCCGAUUCUCCUUGUUAACUGUGUUCUGUGCAAAUGGCGAGAUUUGCGUGUACACUGCCAAAGACUAUAUGGGCAAUGUGCUGCUAUCCCAGAAGCUGCAGCUCCCGGCAUCGCCGACUACUACCGGAUCAUUGACAUUCAUGAGCUAUUCGCCGGACGGAUAUUGUCUCUUCGCUGGCUACGAGAAUGGCUGGACAACAUGGAGUGUCUUUGGAAAACCGGGUGGUAACAGCUUCACAGUUGACCCUACCUUAGCAGCGUCAAAUGGUGAAGAUUGGCUGACAGGUGUUUCAAGCGGCUGCUGGAUUGGCGGUGGAUCCGACAUUAUUCUGUCAGGACUGAGCGACCGACGACUCUGGAUUCUGGAAACCGCUCGCAGUGCACUUACUGGCUGCUUCUCUGCCGCUAACCUCGCCCAAGGCUUGCUUCAGACCGGCACCGAGUUUAUUCUCUACCGUGGACAUGAUCUCCCGGAACUAAUGACCAUUUCUGGCAAGGACUCGCUAUGGCACCAUGCACAGUACCCCCCAGCAUAUCUUCAUUCGCAAUGGCCGAUCAAAUCGUGCGUUGUGUCUCAGGAUGGACGGUAUGUGGCAAUCGCAGGUCGGCGUGGACUGGCACAUUACAGUGUGAACAGUGGUCGAUGGAAGGUCUUUGAAGACUCCAAGGUCGAAAACUCAUUUGCGGUUCGAGGUGGAAUGUGCUGGUAUGGACAUAUUUUGAUUGCCGCCGUCGAAAGCGAUGGAUCGUACGAGGUGCGUCUCUACUCGCGUGAGGCAGCAUUGAACAACAACUCGAUCAUGUUCAUCGAGUACCUUCCAGCACCUGUGGUGUUUAUUGGGCCAUCUGGAGAGGAUUCUCUCUUAGUUUAUACAUACGACAACAUCCUAUAUCACUACGUGAUUAACUCCACACAGCCUCAAAUCACUCUUGUGCCUGUUGGUCAAAUUGCCUUUAAUGGUAUCGUUCGCGCACCGACUCGGGUGAGGGCGAUCAGUUGGGUUCUGCCCGAGGAACAAAUGCGAAACGGUGACCCGUCUCAAGAUGUCAAGGUCGCAUCUGUGCUUCUCCUUGUUGAUGGAAAUCUUGUUCUCCUACAGCCGAUAGUGUCGGAUGCAGGUGAUCUCAAAUAUGACAUGCGUGUUAUUUCACAAGAUGUGGAAUACUAUAUCCUGAUGCGUGAUCAGGGAUCCUUCAACUUUUCUCCUUCAGUCGACGAAUCUCUCCCGGCAAGCCCAUCCGCUGAGAUGACGCUUGGUUCGUCCCACAGCAGUCUUUCUCUGAGAGACUCAUUGUGGACAUUUCGGGGCAAGGACUUACUGGCAUGGAACGACGUCCAAGAUGUUUUGCAACAAGAAACGGUGCCGGCACCGCUCAACAUCCCCAUAGACUUCUAUCCUCUUUCCGUGCUUCUCAACAAGGGUAUUGUCCUGGGCGUGGAAUCCGAAAUGACACAACGACGAGAUGUGACAUUUACCAGUCUCAAGUUUGCCAUCAGAACACACCUCUUCCUCCCAUACUUCCUCCAAUACAGCCUUACAAAUCUCGGCACCCCGGCUGCCCUCUCCCUCUGUCGCCAUUUCUCCCACCUCUCAUACUUCGCCCACGGCCUCGAGAUUCUCCUACACCACGUCCUCGACGAAGAAGUCGACAACCCGACCCGCGCCAACAAAUCCACCGACCCCAACGUCCACGAAGGCCCUCUCCUCCCAACAGUCAUCUCCUUUCUCCAAGCAACCCUCCCAACCCGCGAAUAUCUCGAUAUCGUAGUCCAAUGCACCCGCAAAACCGAGCUCCGCUUCUGGCGCACCCUGUUCACCUACCUCCCUCCCCCAAAAGACCUCUUCGAACAAGCCCUCCGCCUCGAUGCCCUCAAAACAGCUGUCGGAUACCUCCUCGUCCUACAGGCUUUCGAAGACGAAGAACAGGGCCACGACGGCCGAAUUGAGGAAUAUGUCGUUAGACUUAUAGGUCUUGCGUCGCAGAAGAGUGAUUGGGAACUCUGCGCGGAGUUGGCUAGGUUCUUAAUUGCCCUUGACGCAUCUGGCGAGAUGCUUCAGAGAGCUAUUGGGCGAGUGGGGUUGCGUCAGCGUCCGAGUAUGAAUGGGGCUGGCUCGGGGUUACCGUCUAGAACUGGCUCGGCAGCUAGUGUUAAGGGACUCGGGCUGAGUUUGCCUGUAAGGACGCCUUCUUGGUCAUCUUUGUCGCCAACGGGCUCUGUUUCGAGACAAAGUUUGCGUGAUGGGGAUGUUUCGGAUGAGUAUCCUAAUUCCAUGGAUAGUCGGGAUGCGUAA